GGGCCACCCCGGCUUCUAUAUAGCGGCCGGCGCGCCCGGGCCGCCCAGAUGCGAGCACUGCGGCUGGGCGCUAAGGAUCAGCGGCUUCCUGCCUGGAUUCCACAGCUUCGCGCAGCGUACUGUCGCCCCAUCCCUGCGCGCCCAGCCUGCCAAGCAGCGUGCCCCGGUUGCGGGCGUCAUGCAGCGGGCGCGACCCACGCUCUGGGCCGCUGCGCUGACUCUGCUGGUGCUGCUCCGCGGGCCGCCGGUGGCGCGGGCUGGCGCGAGCUCAGCGGGCUUGGGUCCCGUGGUGCGCUGCGAGCCGUGCGACGCGCGUGCACUGGCCCAGUGCGCGCCUCCGCCCGCCGUGUGCGCCGAGCUGGUGCGCGAGCCGGGCUGCGGCUGCUGCCUGACGUGCGCACUGAGCGAGGGCCAGCCGUGCGGCAUCUACACCGAGCGCUGUGGCUCCGGCCUUCGCUGCCAGCCGUCGCCCGACGAGGCGCGCCCGCUGCAGGCGCUGCUGGACGGCCGCGGGCUCUGCGUCAACGCUAGUGCCGUCAGCCGCCUGCGCGCCUACCUGCUGCCAGCGCCGCCAGCUCCAGGAAAUGCUAGUGAGUCGGAGGAAGACCGCAGCGCCGGCAGUGUGGAGAGCCCGUCCAUCUCCAGCACGCACCGGGUGUCUGAUCCCAAGUUCCACCCCCUCCAUUCAAAGAUAAUCAUCAUCAAGAAAGGGCAUGCUAAAGACAGCCAGCGCUACAAAGUUGACUACGAGUCUCAGAGCACAGAUACCCAGAACUUCUCCUCCGAGUCCAAGCGGGAGACAGAAUAUGGUCCCUGCCGUAGAGAAAUGGAAGACACACUGAAUCACCUGAAGUUCCUCAACGUGCUGAGUCCCAGGGGUGUACACAUUCCCAACUGUGACAAGAAGGGAUUUUAUAAGAAAAAGCAGUGUCGCCCUUCCAAAGGCAGGAAGCGGGGCUUCUGCUGGUGUGUGGAUAAGUAUGGGCAGCCUCUCCCAGGCUACACCACCAAGGGGAAGGAGGACGUGCACUGCUACAGCAUGCAGAGCAAGUAGACGCCUGCCGCAAGGGUGAGUACUCAGGAGGGGCAGCCUGGGGCUCCAGGGCCUCACUGUCCUUGGACCAGCCUCAGGGGCUGGGCGUGGCCACUGGCCCUUCCCCAGGCUUACAGACCCAGGAGCUGCAGCUCAGGGCCAGAAAGAGCAAAGCAAAUAGGACAGAGCCCUCAGAAGGGUGCAGGGAGAGGGAGACCCCAUCAACCCAACCAAACAAGUGUGGGGAAGGAGGCCGGUCAGUGUGCCUCAGGGACACUCUGCUUUAUCUCAGAUACCUCACAGUACCUAAGCUAUCAUUCAUCCACACACAAAGUGAAGAUUUUCAAAGUUAGGCUUUACCCGUGAGGUCUGGAGGUCCAUUUAUCUUCACAGAGAAACCGUUUUAAUCCGCAAGAACCUGCUAAAGAUACAUGUUUCUGAAUUAAAGAUGUGAAUGAAUGUGAGACAGCUGAAAUAGCUCAGUUGGGAGAGCAUCAGUCUGAAGAUGCAGCUUUUUUUUUCUGUAAAAUAUAUAAUGAAUAUUCUGUUAGUCUGUGGCUAAUAUAAUUUUAAUAAAGUUAAUUUAAAUCUCAUAGAAAAAUGAAAUUUUAAAUGAUAAUUUUAGAGAAUGCUAUUAUAUCCAGUCUUCUUUUUUGUUUUAAUAAAUGAGGGAACUAUUGGGGGAAAGGAAUAAAUACAUUUUCUUUCAUUUUAUUAAGACAAAUUUGGUAAGCAGAAGAAAUUUGCAUGUUUAGUUAUAAGGGUUUCUUUUUUCCUUACAAGUUGGAAAAAAUAAUUCUAAUUUAAGGGUAACUCUUUGACAAUGAACACUGUGAGCAGCAUCUGGUACUCGUUGCUUUGUUUGAAAACAUGAGUUGAGACCCCAGCCCUGCACUUGCAGGCCUAGUGCCAUUAGCCUGCAGGCUGUACUGGAUAUCUCAGGGUAAGAGUCGAGCCCUUUUGAUUUUGGGGGGAUUAUUUCAAUAUAUUUCUUUUUCUUUUUGUUUUAGUUAAUGUGGAGCUCAGAUAUGCCUUAUUUUGCACAAAAGACUGCCAAGGACAUGACCAGCAGCUGGCUACAGCCUCGAUUUAUAUUUCUGUUUGUGGUGAACUGAUUUUUUUUAAACCAAAGUUUAGAAAGAGGUUUUUGAAAUGCCUAUGGUUUCUUCGAAUGGUAAACUUGAGCAUCUUUUCACUUUCCAGUAGUCAGCAAAAAGCAGUUUGAAUUUUCUUGUCGCUUCCUAUCAAAAUAUUCAGAGACUCGAGCACAGCACCCAGACUUCAUGCGCCCGUGGAAUGCUCACCACAUGUUGGUCGAAGCGGCCGACCACUGACUUUGUGACUUAGGCGGCUGUGUUGCCUAUGUAGAGAACACGCUUCACCCCCACUCCCUGUACAGUGCACACAGGCUUUAUCGAGAAUAGGAAAACCUUUAAACCCCGGUCAUCCGGACAUCCCAACGCAUGCUCCUGGAGCUCACAGCCUUCUGUGGUGUCAUUUUUGAAACAAGGGCCUGGGUCCCUCAACCAAGAAGAAUGUUUAUGUCUUCAAGUGACCUGUACUGCUUGGGGACUAUUGGAGAAAAUAAGGUGGAGUCCUACUUGUUUAAAAAAUAUGUAUCUAAGAAUGUUCUAGGGCACUCUGGGAACCUAUAAAGGCAGGUAUUUCGGGCCCUCCUCUUCAGGAAUCUUCCUGAAGACAUGGCCCAGUCGAAGGCCCAGGAUGGCUUUUGCUGCGGCCCCAUGGGGUAGGAGGGACAGAGAGACAGGGAGAGUCAGCCUCCACAUUCAGAGGCAUCACAAGUAAUGGCACAAUUCUUUGGAUGACUGCAGAAAAUAGUGUUUUGUAAUUCAACAACUCAAGACGAAGCUUAUUUCUUAGGAUAAGCUCUUUAAAGGCAAAGCUUUAUUUUCAUCUCUCAUCUUUUGUCCUCCUUAGCACAAUGUAAAAAAGAAUGGUAAUAUCAGAACAGGAAGGAGGAAUGGCUUGCUGGGGAGCCCAUCCAGGACACUGGGAGCACAUAGAGAUUCACCCAUGUUUGUUGAACUUAGAGUCAUUCUCAUGCUUUUCUUUAUAAUUCACACAUAUAUGCAGAGAAGAUAUGUUCUUGUUAACAUUGUAUACAACAUAGCCCCAAAUAUAGUAAGAUCUAUACUAGAUAAUCCUAGAUGAAAUGUUAGAGAUGCUAUAUGAUACAACUGUGGCCAUGACUGAGGAAAGGAGCUCACGCCCAGAGACUGGGCUGCUCUCCCAGAGGCCAAACCCAAGAAGGUCUGGCAAAGUCAGGCUCAGGGAGACUCUGCCCUGCUGCAGCCCUCGGUGUGGACACACGCUGCAUAGAGCUCUCCUUGAAAACAGAGGGGUCUCAAGACAUUCUGCCUACCUAUUAGCUUUUCUUUAUUUUUUUAAUUUUUUGGGGGGAAAAGUAUUUUUGAGAAGUUUGUCUUGCAAUGUAUUUAUAAAUAGUAAAUAAAGUUUUUACCAUUAAAAAAA